AACAGGACAUGAAAUUUUAAUUUGCUUUUCUUUGUUUUAGUCCGGUAGACAAAGAAUUGUUAUUGAAAUUAUUAGGUUGUUUCGAUUCUUGCUAAUGAUGCCAGCUUGCACUUCUGCCCAACCAGAACUGUUUACAAAUCCUCCGGAAAAGUGGAGCUCCGCGCAAAAGAAGGGACAACUCUCCGAUGAACAAGUCCAACAGUAUUUCAGUGAGGGAUUUCUAUUGGUUCCAGAAUUCUUUGAAAGGAGUGAAUUAGAACCCAUCAUCACAGCUAUAUGUGAAUUAGUGGAUAACCUGGCAGAAAAACUCCACAGUGCUGGAAAAAUCAAGGACAAGUACAAGAAUGCUACAUUUUACGAUAGACUGACUUUGAUCGAGAAAGAAUUCUCAGGGGCAGCAGUUCUGCUGCAUAAGAAUGGAAUUAUGCCAAAAGCUUUUCAAGACCUGUGGACCAACCAAAGGCUGCUGAAUGUUAUAGAACAGUUUAUUGGACCCGAAAUUGCUGGGCACCCUGUUUGGAACUUGAGGACAAAGACUCCAAAAAACUCUCAAGUAACUGUUCCCUGGCACCAAGAUUCUGCCUACCUGACAUCAGCAGCCUGUGAAGUUCUUCAACCCACAGCAUGGAUUCCACUGCUAGACACCAACAGGACAAAUGGUUGUAUGCAGGUAGCACGUGGAGGUCAUAGAAAAGGUAUCUUAGCAACGCACACAUGUUGUGCGGGAGGUACAUGGUAUGUGGACCUUGCAGAAGAAGAAAUGAGAAAGACUUUAGAUGUGGACUUUGAAAAAGACAUCGUUCUUUGUGAAGUUCCAUUUGGUGGUGUUUUGUUUAUCAACAAUCUAGUCCCUCACAGAAGUUUAGAAAACUUCUCAGACAAAAUUCGUUGGAGUUUGGACCUAAGAUGGCAAAGACCUGACAAGCCAAAUGGGUUUUAUGGCCUCAAGGAAAACAUACUUCUGCGUACCUCAAAGGACCCGAACUACACGGUGGAUUGGACCGAGUUUGCGUCGUGUGACAGGACCGAGUUACAACGAGGUCAUCAGGAGGUGAAAAUGAAACUUGAGAAGGAAGAAAUCAAACUUAAGCCCGAGGAAGAUCCAGAUUUUGACACCACCAUCAUUGGUCCCUGGAUGGGCCAGUGGGAGAUAGUGCAUCAUAACAGACACACUGUUAAAUACAAGGACCCAGGAGAUGAUGAAGAAUCGUGGUCCAAUUAUCGUGGAACAUGGACCAAAGCAUAAGUUGAUUCAAGAGAAAAUUGUUAUUUCUUGGUUGUUACCAGUAAUCAUGGUAGUGAGUGAUUCAAAAAUUCAACACAAAUGAUCCAUUAAGUUCCCAUCCAGAUCAAUUUAAAACGGGCAUGAUUUCUGAGCCGAAACGAAAUUCCAUUCUAUGAAAAACGGCUGAUGUAGUCAAUUCCGUGGAGAAAACCACAAUUCGAAAUUACUGUUAGGACGAUGAUAAAAUUGUGUCGUUUUAGAAAAGCAGUUCGAUGGAAGAAUAAAAGAAAAUGGAGAGCCUUGUCACAUUUUUAAUGUCAAAUAGAACGAUCAUAGUGUUGAAAUCAUUCUAAAAAGAUACCAAUAUGGUCGAAUUUUUUUUUCUUUUCUUUCACCCUGUGAAAGAAAUCAGAAAGAAAAACGACAGGUGUAGGCCAAUAAAUUAUUGAAUUAAAGUAUAAGUUAAAAUGCU